AUGUUUGUGUACGUUCUGCAUGUCUUUGAUGGGCAAUUGGGGGCACAAUGGUGCCUGGAUCAUCUGCUCGGCUUUGCCGACGACAUUCACAUGCGAUGGGAAUUCUCAGACAAGACGGGCUUGCUGCAAGCAUUGCAGGAGGCGGGACAAGCACUCAGCAUACUUGAGCGACUGGGCUUUCACUUGAGUCAGGACAAGACCAUAUGCUUACUCAAGGCGGAGGGGGUUCAGGCUCCACAUGCAUUACGCAAGAUCACACGCAAGCGCCUCAAGCCACCGGGGAAACUCUUGGUUCUGGAUUCGCGGUGGACGCUCCCCCUCAAAACCAGUCACGUUUACUUAGGGGCGGUGAUCUCUUAUGGACCCUUCGAGUAUCAGAAUGCCAUCCAUCGCCGACACGCUGGACAAGCCGCAUUCUCAAGAUUGCGUCCCACACUGAUGUCGCACAGAGCACUGCCACUCAAGAAACGUCUCCAUCUUUGGCGCACGGUUGUGCUGCCCUCGACUUUGUACUCGUUGUCAUCAUCGGGCUACACCAGGAAAUCAUAUGAUCUCAUAAGAGUGAUGCUGGUCAGGCAAGUCAGAGCCAUCGCGCGCAGUCCACGGCACCUCACGGAGGAGAGUGACUGGCGUCUGUUUCAGCGUCUACAACUACCGACAAUCUUUCAAAUGCUGCUUCAGGUGCAUACCAGAAUCGUCGAAACUUCCACAUCACUACGUGGCAAGCUCAGCUCCCAGGACGUCAGGCUGACAGAGGACAUCAUCCAACGAGAGCACAAGAACCUUGAGGCAAUUCGUAUGUUCGAGCCGGUCAACACCAACCAGGCAGGAUCACAGGACCGCCUCAUGUGUGACAUCUGUCAUCAGACCUUUGACAAUGAUGCCGCGCUACGGCAUCACAAGGCCAAGAAGCACAGCGAACAACGCAUGCAGGCUGAAUCAACCACCUUUGACAGGCAGCUACAUGGUACGGACGGAAUGCCAAGGUGUCGAGGUUGCGGUCAUCCUUUUGACAGGUGGGCGGAUCUUCAGAAACACAUCGAAGAGAACCAUUGUCAAGGUGGGAAUGCCAAGACAACAUCGGCAUCUUCACCCAGUGAGGAGAAGCCUUCCAUCCUGCAAUUGGUUAGAGCGGGCACACUUCAGGUACAUGAGCUCGAGUUAUCCAUGAUGACCGAUGACCUACGCCAGGAGCUGAUUUCACACUGUGCCGUAUGUCGACAAUGGAUGCCAAACUCCAGGUAUGUCAAGGUUCAUUGGCAGCGUCUACAUAAAGAUGAGUCUCAACUCUUUCAGGCAGGCACAUUGCAGUGGCGCAGGCUCGCUUUCGAUCCAAUUAAACAACGAUGCUCAUGGUGUCUGGGGGAGGUACCAGCGGGAACUGAUCAUCGCGACACUUGCCCGGUUCUCUUUCAGCUUAGCAUGAUCCGAGCCAUCACCAUGCCCACCAAGGAAGACGAUUCGAUUGAUAGUGCUGAACUUAACUUGUCACUUCCAGCGGAUGACACAUUGCGCAAGUGGAGCCUGGAAUGUCAGCUUUGUCAUGCUUCAUGCACAGCGCGGGGUCUACGCAAGCAUCUUGAGCAGAAACAUGCCCAGAUCUGGAAGCAGGCUCAGCCACAGGUGAGCAUGGCCAACCAGGCAAUUCAAGAGGUGUUCGGACCACUCGUGAACAGCGGCGCCCUCACGGGCCUGGGCAAGCGGGUGUCGGAAGCAUCAACCACGCCAUCCGGAGACAAUCGACUACCGAAGGCCAACAGACUCAACAACGGUCGCAAAGGCGGUCGAGGAAAGGGGGGCAAGAUCUGGAAUCAGCAGGGCCGGGGAAUGACAGAUCACAAGUCUCAGGAGGAGCCGGGGAUGGAGGACUUGCUUCGUCUUCUAUCACAGAUCAUUUUGCGCCACGAAGAUCAGUUGAAAAUCUUCAAGCAGAGCACGGGGUGGAUUCUUUUCGCUCGCACGGAAAGCCCAUCCAUCCUACCGGGGAUUGUUCAGACCUCACAGAAAUGGAAAGCCGAGAUUGUCAAACCCGGCUGUCCGUUCGCCAAUGUGAGUUUGAGGGCAGUGCUCUUCUGGAACCUGGUGGAACAGCUGACUCAGGCGGUUCAAAACCUGACACAGGAGCAAAAGGAGCAUGCCUUGACCUCGGGGUGGACAACCCAAGCCGGGGAGUGGAAGUUUCAGGUGUGGUCGCACGAGAACCAUUGCCUCGAGGCGGACCCCUCCCGAGAUCCGAUCUCGACGGAGGCUCUCAUCAAGAUCCUUACCGAGCUGAAGUCGCUGGCCACGUCGGAGGUGGUGUCGGCCUUCUUCUCGAAUCGCCCUCUCACGGAUCAGAUGCAAGGAAGGAUGGUGGUGUUCCAGCUCGAUGUGACUUUCCGCAAACCAGUGGCUCACCGCUUUUACGAACUGCUCGAAGCAUUGCAGGGACAGGCAUCCAUGCAACUCUGCGGACUACAGCUCCGCAAGGAAGGAUUUCGGAGGUCGCCCGCGGUCCAGAGACUGGCCGAGACACUCUUGUGGACCAUUGUGUUGGACCCAGGUCUUGAUGACUCCUUCGGCAGUGCUGGGCUUACGUUUCUCAGACAGCUCCUUAAGCACAAUGGCAAGCCGAUGCUCAUCGCAGGUCAGUUGAUGUUCAAUUUUGCUCUUCGGGGAUGGAGGUCACCAUCGCAGCAGCACGACUGUGCAGAAUUCUUUCAACACAUCAUCGCAAGGCUGGGGGCCACGGCUUUUGAAGGCACAUGGGAGGCACGUCGGAUCGAGGAGGAUGCACUUGGUGGCCACCGGUGCGUUCGGCUUGAUUACGGCCGGUGUACACAGGCUAUCUCGCUGGAUAUCCCGGAGGGGUGUGAGCAUGUGGCACCGAAUCUGCUGCUGCUGCGCUUCUCUAGGGGGACCGAUGAUCUUUCACCAGGCACGGUGGAUUACCAGGCGGGUACCUGCGCCGGGCUCCUAGUGGGCCGGAUGUUCCGUACACCUCGAUUUGCACACACUUUUCAUGUUUCUAUUUCGAUUACAACUUUCCCGCAUUUCCUUCGCAACCCUCAUGCUGCAGUGUUCAUGUCUUUCACUCCAGAGCCCGAACUUCCUCUACAUGCACCGUGGUAUGUGGAGGGCGACUUCAAUGUGAACUUGUAUUAUUAUGGCUGGCGUGACAUUUCGGAUCCGCCUACACCAGCCACUUCGGAGCAUGAUACCACGCACUCGGUUGACAUGUCUACAGUCUCUGAUCUCACAGUGGAAUAUAUUCCCGAUGAUGGGGAGGAUGAGCGGUUUCAGCAGCUUCAGAUGCGCACUCAUUGCCACAUGAAUCCUUCGGAGCUUAUGCUGAUUGCAUCUCCCCCAACGCAUCCAGCGGAGUGCAUUGCCAAGGAUUUCCUACGUAAUGGCGGUUGCGAUGCUGAACAACUUUCAACCUUGUUGGGUCUUCUUCCGCGCGAUCAGGUGAGGCCACAUCAAAGGUUGGAUAUGAGUGCGGAUGCCGCCGAUGCCUUUUCUUUUACAACGGGAGCUUUUCAAGCAGGUGGAUUGGUGGGGGUUCGCAACAAUGCUUACUCUUUACCAUGGGUCACUGCCUUCCUGUGUCAAGUCGCACGCUUUGCACUGGGACGCGGGGGCGAUGACUUUGCCUUCACUUCGCUUUCGCUGCUGAGGAAUGUUUUCUCUGGCGGCGAGUUGUGGUGUCAUGACACCACGGGCGACAUCACUUAUCCUGGCACAUCAUUGGUUGGCAAACUUCUUCCGCUGUCUCCACCAUUUGUGGAGUUUGACGCUUGUGAAUUACAUGGCACAAUGCCGUGGCUGGGUGAGCGUGUGGUGCUAGCCGUUUACCACAUCAAAACACCCACUGCAUUGACCCAUGGUGAGAUGGAUUACCUCAAACGAGUUGGUUUUGCUCCGCUGCUGGAGUGA